AUGCAUCGAAAUAAUAUUGGAUCCAUGACCAUCACUUUCGUCUGCUUUCUUCUAUUAACCAUUCUAUGUGGACAAAGCAGUCCCUAUCAAAUUACACAGAAUUUCCAACGAGUUAUAGACACAGCAGCUUCCAAAGUCGUUGCCAAAACCGAGUGGAUCAAUGUAAUCGAAACUACUUUCCUCCUCGGUGUGCCAACUUGUUCAUCCUCGUCAUCUCUUUCCUAUCCUUCAUCAUUUAACAUUUCAAGAAAUUAUUUGGUAUUUUGUUAUGAUAAAGGAGCUCUGGAUCCUUGGCCAGUCAUCUACACUAAAUUCUCUCAAAUGAUUGUGGAGGAAAUUGUUUCACAAUAUCCAGCAUUGAAAUUGACAGCUAAUGUUACAGAGAUUGACAUUAAUCAGUUGGGAUAUUUUCCAGCAUUGCAAAAUGCAGUUAAUUUGGGAGUUUGUGAUGUUGCUGUAGCAUCAACUCAUUAUAGUGAUUCAAGAGGUGCCAAUGCUCAUUUUCAAUGUGCUUAUGGAUAUAGUUAUUCUGGAAUUUUAAGAACUGAAUUGGAGAAUACCACAUAUAUUGUAACAUCUGAAAAGGAUUUAAAUCAAGCUGGAUUAAUUAUUGCAGUAGCCAACACUUCAACUUUUGAUGCCUACGUGACAGCUAAUUGUCCAAAGGCAACAAUUAUUCGUUUGGAUGAAUAUAAAGAUGCAUGGGCAAUGAUUCUAUCAAAGAAGAUACACGUCUUAUUGGGUGAUGGUUCUGAUUUAUUUUUCUGGUUGUCCAAAAAUAGAAAUAAUUGCUCUUCUUGUGCUGUGAAAUUAUAUGGGGAUAGAUUUAAUUAUGGAUCAUUUAUUACUAAUUUAAUUGCAAUUUCUGGAAGUGUUUCUAUCACCAUUUCAUCAAUUGGAUUGAUUUUCUGCAUGUUAUUUAUGCUAUUCAUGAUUUAA